AUGGCUGCAAGCAACAUUACGAUCGAUGUGAAAUCAAUAGAAGAUUUCGAAUUUGAGGUGUGUAAGAAAUUCGGAGUGGAUGAGUUGAAACCUGCACAGAAGGAGGCAUUAAAACAUCUGCUAUCAAAAAACAAUGUCUUGGCUAUUCUACCAACUGGUUUUGGUAAAUCACUGAUCUACCAAAUGUACCCAUGUAUGAUUAAGGAACCUGGUUCUGUUGUCAUUGUCUCUCCUUUGGUUUCAUUAAUGAAAGACCAGAUAUCUACUUUGACCUCCAAGGGAUUUAGCGCAGAAAUGGUAAGCAAUGUCAAAAGUGACCAAGACUUACCAACCUAUUUGUUUGGUUCACCAGAGGAGUAUCUAAAAGGAAAAAAAAAGAAACUUUGUAGAUGGGGUGAAAAACCAGAUGACAGCAAAAAAAGUCGGCGCAAGACACAACAAGGUGCAUUCAGGGAAUAUUUCUCGCAUGUUGCAGAACUUCGCUCUGUUUUACCUGACGUAACAGUCCUUGCACUGACCUCAACUGCCUCAAAGUCUCUACAGUCACAGUUGAAAGACAGCCUCAUUAUUCCAGAUUGCAAGACUAUAAACGCGUGUCCGAAUAGGGAAAAUAUUAGAUUGUCUGUUAUAAAGACUCCUAGGGACAUUGCAUCCACAUUUUUUUGGACGGUUGACAAACUAAGGGAAGAGAAAGAUACUUUCCCACGGACAAUUAUUUAUUGUUCAUCAAUUGAUGCAACUGGAGCGCUUUUUCAUUAUUUCAAAGAGGAUAAUUCCCAGUCAGUUUUAUAUAUGGGAAUGUAUCAUAGUGAAACUGACAGUGUUGUACAAGAGUCUCAUCUAAAAGAAAUGGCCAAAAUGUCCAACUCAAAUUUGAGAUUAAUGUUCUGCACCACAGCCCUUUGCAUGGGCAUUGAUAUCAAAACAGCUCAUCAUGUACUUCAUUUUGGUCCCUCUUUUGAUAUUGAAAGUUAUAUACAGGAGUCGGGUCGAGUUGGUAGAGAUAAUGAACCAUCUCAUGCAGUCUUAUUCUAUCAUGGUGGAAUGCUGAGAGAGAUUUGUCCCAAACUAAAAAAAUAUAUAAUAAAUGAAACAGUAUGUAGGAGAGUGAACUUAUUUAAAGACUUUGCUUCAAAUAAAGACAUCAGUGACAUCAAGAACAAGAAACCACAUCACAGAUGUUGUGAUAUUUGCGAAAAAAAUUGCCAGUGCGGUCACUGUGUUGAACAUGCUAACUAUUUUGAAAAACACAUGAUACACUACUGUGCCCAAACAGACAGUGAGGAAGAAUCUGAUGACAGUACUAGUAGCCUAGAAGCUGAUGCAAUUGUGAGGAGUACUUCAGAAUCCUCAAGCUCAGAUGAUGCAGAACAGCAUUUUGUGUGA